CCCUCGUGAAAAACUGCAACAGAUUCCGCUAAUUAAGUCUUUGUUGUUGUUGUUGUUUUUCCCGAGCAGCACCUGAAGGCAGCACAGUUCCCAAGGAGAAAGCCGCAACAACGGAAGCAGGACGCGCAGCCGGGACCCACCGGUACUGACCCUGAAAGCGGCGGAGGUGUUUUGAACGCCCAGCCACGCGUGCGUCUAGAGCGGGGACUGUUUUCUGCUCGCCCUGCCACCGACUUGGCUUGCCCGGCGUGAAACCGAGCAGCACCCGCCCCCCCACUACGGCGAGGAACCCGGAGCGGAGACUCUUUUCUCUGAUGAUGGAGCAUGGAGCGCACUGACUCGGGGUCACAUCUGUCCGGCUGGAUAGAGGCUCCAGGUAGAUCACUUAAUGGUGAAGGGGGGAAGACUGAGAGGAGGAAGCCGGGUGCGCUGAGAUCUGAGUCAGUGACCUGUUGGACAACACAACGAGCACAGAGGAUUAAUUAAAAUGGGGUGGCCAUGCUUGUCACUUGCCGGCUACGUGUCUGAGGGCCUCUCACUCUGCCCACAGCCAUGCCAGACGUGAAGCUUCCCGCACCAUGUGAUUACCCCUCCACCUCCUCUGUUGCCCUCUCCGCCAGCUCCCCUGCAGGCUGCAGCUCUCCCCUGCACCUCAGGAUCGACAUGGAGCCCUGCAUCGCCAACCUACCUCUGUCCCCAGACCCCUUGAGCUCGUUCCCCCGCCACAGACCCUUCCACGCAUACCCGCUGAUAGCCAGAUGCAACAGCAGCACUUUACUCACCAACCUGGGGUUGAGGUGUUGCUCUGGCCGGCAGGGCGCUCUGGGAGUAGAGCGAGGGCAUCGGAUGGCUCCGGGCUCCUGCGUCGAAACUGGAGCCAACGGCAGCCGGCCUUACAGAAGUAUGGAGAACUUGAACUGGACCACCAUAGCAGAUUCUGGCCUGUGCGCACUCAGCGACGCACCUUGCAGGAGCUUGGACAGCGAGUUUAUUCUACGGUACACCUCCUCUAGCAACUGGUACAACGGGCCGCGGGAUGGGACUGUACUGGGUGCCCACGGGCUGGUGCCCAACCCCGAGGGUUUGGCAUUUUUUCCACGACAUGGGCUACCCAGAAAGGAUCUGCCGCUCUUCCCUCAGUUGCUGUUUCCAGGCGGGGUUGAUGAGUGGGAUACAAGGAAGGAGCUAAGGGAGAAACUCCGUCUGCAGAGUGCAAGGUCGUCCGUUGAGUCUCUAAGGCCCCUGCCGCUGCGGCCUCAGGUGAGCCCGAACACUCCCGCCAUCGAACGAGAAGGGGUUCAUCAGGGAAGCUCAACGGCUGCUUGCUCCAGGCCGCCAUGCACGAUGCGCACAUCUCCAGAAGAGAUCAAGCAGGAGGUUUUAAGGCGUUUACAGCUCAGGCGGCAGAAUAGCAGCCCCAACCUGACCGUUCAGAGCUCUCCGUCUAGCCCAAAGGUGGUCCUGGCAUCCUACACGACAGACAAUAUUGCAGGGACCCCAAAUGGGACGGAUUCUGCCUGUGAGCGUCGUAGACCUCCCGUGGGACGUCUGUACAUCCCGACAUUCGAGGAGUUUAAGAAGAUGAGGCAGAGUCAGGGAAAGCAGAGGGAGGAUUCAACAGCAGGGGGCGGAGUGCCCGUAAAACAUGACCUGCCGCAAAAUGACGGACCCUUCUCUGAUCGGACCGAGCCGGGAAGUGGCCAAGUUGAUUCCGAAGAGGUUGACAGGGACGGGAGUGCGGGUGAAGAUGCAGCCAGAACUGACGCAGCCCUUCAAACCGGGACUUCUACAGAGGGAGCUGCUUCAAUCACGGCGGCCUCAGCUCCCACUUCGUCCUGCGGCACCGUCAGCAGCAGGAACUCCCCGAUCCGAACGGGCCCGUCUCCACGUGCACCCUUACAGCCCCAGGCUUGCACGGCCCAGGACAAAGCCGUUGUUGUAGGAGGAGAAGAUGGGAGCACCAGGCGCAGGAGGAGUAGUCUGGAACCAGCUGGUUCGGUUCCCUUCCCUGCCUGCAGAGAGAACUGGGACCGUCCCUCCAGCUGCUGCCCGGCGCUGCUUCUGGAAGGGACGGACCUGUCGAGGUAUGGAGCCAAGAUUUACAAGAUGAAGGAUGGGCUCAUUGGAUCUGCACUGGACCUCAUCAAGAAAAGCUGCAGUGCAGAAAUCUCCGCCGAGGCCCCUGUCAAGCCGUCAGGUGACCGGGACGGAGGCUGUGACAUCACCGCCCCCUCCGCCGACUGUCAGCCCCUCGCCGUUGCCAUGGCAACGUGGACAACGGCCUGCAGAGGCGAGGCGGGCGACGAGGCGCCUGCGGGAGAAGCUGCAGGAGGAAGGGAAGAGACCGGAGAAUGCCAGCACACAGGCCUGGGCUGCCGGCGCUCCAGCUCGGACGCGGCCUACGAGCAGGCUGAGACGGUGAGGGCGCAGCGCGAGUGUCGCCUCCGGCCCCACUACAGCGACCCCAUGCCGGCAGACGCCUCCAAACGCAAACAGCUGGAGAUGAAGAUCGCUGCCGCGGCCCGGCUCCAUAGUCAUCGGAGAGACAGGGACAGAGACAGUGCGCCAGCAGCAAUCCGCGGUCACUCUGAGCCGCCUGGCGAGGAGCGGCAGGCGGUCCUUGGCGUGACGCGCUGCGGGCAGCACCGCUGGAGCACCAUCAGCAGCCUGAGCUCCGACAGCGGCGUCGUCGGCCUCAGCGACGAGCGGGAGGAGGAGGACGGCGAGCCGAGGCGUCAGCGCAGGGCCAGGGGAGCCGAGGUGGAGCGCGUGGACAGCGGCAUCGGGCCGGGCCUGUCCCGCACCUGGAAGAGGCCGUCCGCCUCUCUGAGGGCGUGGGAGUCCCAGAGGCCGUGCCCCGACUGCGGACAGAGGGACGGGGUCUCCAAGGACCGGGGGGAGCGCAUGUGCGAGCGCUGCUCCAAGCUGCGGACCGAGCGCAAGGAGGCCCUGUUGGAGUUCUUGAACACGGAGUCGAGCUACGGCGAGGACCUGCGGAUCAUCAAGGAGGAGUUUUAUUGCCCCAUGCAGAGCGCGGGCCUGCUGACAGCCGAGCAGCUCGCGGUGGUGUUCGGCAACGUCCAGGAGCUCAUAGACGUCAACGAGCGCUUCACCGAGCACCUGCAGGACGGCGUCGAUCAAGCCUUUGAUCAGGGUGAUGAUGACCUGCUGACCGUAUACAUCGGAGAAAUCUUUCUUGAGUUUGUCAACAUGCUGCCCGCCUUCCAGACCUACUGCCUGCAGCAAUCCACCUCAGUCAACAUGCUCAACACUCUGGAGAAAGAGAAAGAACUGCUCAGAAUAUUCCUGGAUGUUUCCCAGAACGACAACACCGCACUGCGUCGCAUGAACCUGCGCUCCUUCCUCAUGGCACCGCUCCAGCGUGUCACCAAGUACCCGCUCUUGUUGAGCCGCAUCAUCAAGGUCACUCCCGAAUGUCACCCGGACUACACGCGCCUUCGGGAGGCCAAGAGCCGGGUAGAGUCCCACCUGGAGCACAUCAACAUGAAGACUAAGCAGGAGGGCAACGGCGUCACCUGGUCCCUGCGCUCGUUCCGUCGCGACAGUCGCAAGAACCGCGAGGUCAUCAACAUCGAGAUGCGCGAGGUGUCGAUGAAGACGGUGGGUUGGGCGAGAGAAAACACCCGUUUCGUCAUGGAGGGACCUCUCCAGCUCUCCCAGCCAGCAGAUGGUCAGUGGUUGAAAAAGGGCAGCAAGGCCCUCAAGUUCCAGAACGUGCAGAGUCUGCUGAUGGUGAGGACACAGCGGGGUGGCGACUCUCCAGGGCGGGCAGCUGACGUGGGUCGUCCGGGGGAAGGCUUGGGGGAGAGCGUUCGAGAUGGAGUGCUGGUCUUAAUCAAGGACAAGAGCAGUGGGAAAUUCGCGGUGCUGAGAGAGCCAAUCCGUCUGGGAAACUGUGUGGUGUCGUCAGAUCCCGACUGCGAGGACACCUUCGAGGUGCUCGACAUCCGGCGGGAGUCGUUCGUUUUCCGUGCCUCGGAUAAAUCCCGUACCCAACAGUGGUUCCAUCAGAUCAAGAGGUAUGCCCGCGACUUGGGCACCUGGAGGAAAAGGCGUAACGCUUUGCCGAACAUCAUGAUCAACGCCAACCAGACGCGUUCCUGAGGCUAGCCUUUUCGCGACAUCGCCGUCCCACUGUACAUAACCCAAAAUCUUCCAACUCCAGAAAUCAGCUGAGAAUAACGCCGCUGUUCCGACGUCUUAAAUCUCAGCAAACAAUCACACAAUCCGUCUCACGUUGUUGUGGGAAAGCUAAGCACUUUUUUUUUCCUACGAAGCAGUAAGUGCGCCAUGAAACUGUGUGUAGAUUUAAUUUUCAAGCUGUUACAAAUAACAAGAAGAAUACCAGUUGGUCUUUUUUUGAACAACCAAAAAAAUACUUGGGCUGCUCUUUGCCAGCCUUGAUUGUAAAGACUGUUGAGUACUUAAAGGUGUGUUUGAUGAAAAGCAUGACUGAACGUGACUGAGUGCAAAAAAGAAAAGAAAAUGUUAUGUCAUUUUUAUACAAGACAGUGAAGAUUGCAUUUGUUUCUGGUAUGAGAAGGUAAAAUAUUUCUCCAGUUCUUUUCUCUCUCUCUCUCUCUCUGUGGUUUAUGUUUUCUUGUCACUGCCCUUUUCUCUUUGUGUGCUGCCCUCUUCUGUCUGUAGGCAGCAUAACAACUUUCACUGCCAGAGAUGCAGCUGAGCAGAGCCUCUCCAUCAGGCUGAGAACAAACCGUCGGUGUAUCUGUGUUUCAAUGGGCUUUCGUGGAACAGCAAUAAUCUCAGCCAGAUUAAGGAAGUAGCUACUUUAUAUGCAGUUAAUUGCCCAACAUCCUGCUGUUGGUCCUUCUUUGUUAUGUUACUGGGUGUUGUGGCAGGUUUACCUGGCCUCUGAUAUCUUUCAAGGGUGGUUGGAUGAUUGAGGCAUCUUUUAAUUGCUGCAACAUCAAUGAAAGUCUCUGUUUCUGUCUUUAAAACCAAGGUCAUCUCGGUGUUGUGAAAGCAAUUUUGAAAAAUUGUAGUCAGAUUGCCUUUUUGUUUGUGUCCAAUGGAUGGCGUACCGUCCUUGUUAGAGAUGCACAGAGAAAUCGGCCGGUGACAAGAAUCGGCCGAUUUUCACCAUCAGCUCAGACCAGCUGGACAGAAUCUCAAAAAAUCGGAUAUUUUUUCCGGUCAGUGAACACACCGCGCCUGAAUGCUGACAAUAAUCCACUUUGGUGUGUGAAGGCCGUUUUCUGUUUCGCUGAGGUGUUUAAAAUUUAGCUCAAAGCGGGAAAAAUCUAUUUAAAAGGAAAAGAUUUCCCGCGACAUUGCGAGAGAUUUUCUGGGAUUCUUUCCGGCCGUGAAAGAGCGAGACUUUCAGCAGAUAACAGGAAGGUUGAACGUACUACAACAAAGUUACUUUGUAUAAUCCCAUGGAGCUCUCAACCUGUGUGUGAUGAAAUGUGCUGGAUUAAGAACUGAUGGCAAGCUUUUUUGGAAACUACAGCGUUAAAGAUCUAGUCUCUUAGGAAGACUACUGUUUUAGUACUGCUAGCUGCAAUAACUGCAGAUACAAGAUGCUGAAAAUAGUUUAAAACGUCCACUCUGAAACCUGUCAUUGUCAAAUGGUAGAUUCCUGCUCUACAGCCACUUCUCUCUGUGACAAUUCCCUCCGGCCUAACUGCUCACGGCAGGGCGGCUUAUAGUGAAUGAUGUUUUUAUAUCUCCUUAAGAGUUCUUACAAGGAAAAGGGAUCCUUCUCAAAUUGUUAAAGGCAUUUCGAAGCUUCACAAAACCUGGAAAUGGGAUAUCCGCCAUAAAAUACAUGAACAGUGCAUCUCUAAUACCGGACGGCCUCUUUGUGUGUGAAGGGCAGAGUUUUUCAUCCAUAUAAUCAGUGCGUCUGAUCGCUCUGCGCAGCUUGAAACUAGUCGUUUUUUUGUCACCAAAUAAUGUUUUUCUCAAAACACUUGUUUUAAAAAAAAAAAGUGUAUGGAGAAAUAAUUACUCUCUUAAACCCUGAGAAACCAAAGCCCUUAAAUUUUGUAGUCUUACGUUUUACAAAGUAAUGCUUGUAAAUAGAAAAUCUCGCAAUCUGUUUAUAAGUGACCAAAUGUGAUCAUUUUUGGUUCGUCGGCUCCUGUCUAAUUAUUUUUUCGGCCCGCCUUUAUUGUGAGAAUUAAACAUUUUUUUAACGAAGGCUGAAAAACUCUGCUCAACCUGACGGCCUCAUCCUGGAAAGAGCAUCCCGACCACGUGAUCAUGGCAGGUGGUUAACUGUGUUCUGUGACCAGCAAUGAGCUGUUGUGCCUUUGUACUUUAUUACUGUUAGACUAAGACUGACAAAUCUGCAAUCUGUCACAGUAGCAUCGGUUCCUUCAACAGACGAGACCGCCCUCUGUCUGCACUCGCAUCUACUUACAGGCAAUAUGAUUAUUCCUUUUACAGUGAACUGCCUUUUUUUUUUUUCUUAAAAGUGUUUUUACCAAUCUGUUUUUACCUCUGAGGGCUUUAUUUUGUUUGAAGCACUUUAUUAUAAUUGAACGAUUUACUCUUCAGUAUAACUGCUGGUGGAAUACGUGUUCCUUCGUUUGAGAAAGACGAGGCGUCGAGACAGUCCGUGAAACCAACCUUUUAAGACCCUUGCUGUUAUGUUUGUUAUGAAGUAGCAUUAAAAAGAAAAAAUAAUAUCACUGUGUUUUGAAGGGCAGAGCUGCUGAGGCUCAUUUACUGUUGGGAGGCCAAAAGAAACACAUCUCAAAAGUGUAAGAAAACAACACCUGUAGAGUUGCAUAUUGUUUAUUUACUUGACCCUUUUGGUUGGUUUGAAACAUCUGAUGUAUUAUUUCUCUAGUGUAAUAUAUUGUGAAUUAUAUUAAAAAAUGAUUUUCAACAUC